CGAUGAAGAUGAGGGAUGUUGGACUACACCGCCUUGCGCGGCGCGGAUCUCGCCGCAGAUGCCGCCGCGUUUUUCAAGUUCGUUAAGAAGAGCCUCCACGUGGAGGUCACGAAGGCCCAGCUGGUGGACAAGAUGAAGAGGUUAAGGAAGAAGUACAACAACAAUGCCGGACGAGGAAAGAAAGGCAAAGACCUGACCUUUUCGAAACCCCACGAACAAAAGACUUACGAAUUGUCGAAGAAGAUUUGGGGCUCCGUUGAAGCUACUACUGGGACUGAGAAAGCUAAGGACAUCAACAAUGGGAAAGCUAAGGCUAAGGACAACAACAAUAAUAAGAAUCAGAAAGGUAACAGUUUGAUUAGGAGUUUGAAGGAGGAAUUGACGGAGUCAUCUCCGGUUUUGUACAAGUAUGGUGAGAAGAUGGAGAUUGAUGGGGAGUUUGGUUUUUUGGAUCUCUGCUCUGAGGGAAGACUGAAGAGAAAGGAAGACGGAAGAGAAGGAAUAAAGAAAGAGAAGGGAAAAAGAAGGGAUUAAAAAAUUAUUAUUUAAUAUGAGUCAGCUUUUUUUAUCAUUAAAAACACACAUACCAA